CGAUUUUGUGUUCCUUUUAGCAGAAUGCUGCGUUUAGCCCCGUUUUCCAGCUACCUGCCAGGCUAACCUGCUAACGUACUGAUUAGCCAGCUCAGCUAACGAGCCUCGCGCUGGCGCACGCGCCGCCUCAUCAGAGAGGAUUAAAGCUGAGCGGCGCGCGCGCGGCUCCCUCUGAGUUCACACGCGAAAGAGAAAAGCUUUUUCUUCAGAUUGGAUCGGUGCUGAGUGGGUGUGUUUUUCAGAGGUCAAGCGACUGACUGAAACUGUUGUGUGUGCAGCUGGCUGUGAGGCUGACGAUGUGGUGGGAACAUGGAGCCUCCUGAGUACCUGGACCUGGAUGAGAUCGACUUCUCUGAAGAUUCAGUGUACUCCGUCUCCUCUCUGAAGAACAUCCCGGAGCUGUCCCGCAGGAGCGAUGUGCCGGCCGAGGACAGAGCAGCUCCGCCCAUCAGCUGGAGCCGCAGCGUCUCCUCGCACGGCAGUGGGGGGAUCAAGCCGGGGGGGCUGGCUGAGGUCCACAGUAAGUUCCGGCCGGUGAAGAGGGUGUCCCCCCUCAAACACCAGCCUGAAACCACAGACUCGGACUCUGAGGGGAAGGAGCAGGCGCUGGGGGAGCAGGAGGAGCUCAGCAAGGAUGACCCCUCCUCUGCCAAACACACUAACCCCCCCACCCCCCUGGACGGGUCUGGGGUGAAGGUGAAGGGGCCCGGCAGCGGCAUGGGGGAGGGGGGCAGCCCCCAGGCUCUGUUCGGGGAGCUGGAGCACUAUGACCUGGAUAUGGACGAGAUCCUGGACGUGCCUUAUAUCAAGUCCAGCCAGCACAUGUCCACGCUGCCGCGAGCCGCCCUCGACAAGCGCUCCGUGACGGGGGGCAACGGGGGUGGAGGCACGCUGGACAGGAGCCGAGGGGGGGCCCUGAAGAGCUCAGCUCUACCUCAUAAUGAGCCUAUGAGUUUGGGCAGCAGCUCGCAGACGCAGUUCUGUGUCCUGUCUCCGCUGAAGUGGUCAGAUCUACGGAAGUCCAGGUCCAUGGACCCAGACCUCCACCUCCUCAAUCGCUCUCCAGGUGGGGGGGGUUACCAGCCGGAGCCUCUGUCCUCCUCCCUGUCCUCCUUCUCAGAUGCAGACAAGCUGCUGUCCGCUCGCGUCUUCCCGGACUCCCAGAGACCCGCUGUGGAUCCUUCGGGGGGGUCGGGACUCGUCUUCCCCCUGCCAGGCUGCAGCGUGAGCAGGCAGGACAGCACCAAAGCGUGGACCCCUGGUGCUGGAAGUGGAGGAGUGGCGCUGAGGGGGUUUGGAUUAGCAGGAGGGGAAGUGGAUGAGGAGACCAAGAAGAAGCAGAACAUCAUCAACAUCGUCAGGGAGGGGCAGAUCUCGCUACUGCCUCACCUGGCGGCCGACAACCUGGAACUGAUCAGGGACGAGGAUGGAAACAACCUCCUGCACGUCUCCGCCUCCCAGGGCCACGCCGACUGUCUGCAGCAUCUCACCUCUCUGAUGGGCGAGGACAGCCUGAACGAGCGCAACAGCCAGCAGCUGACACCCGCCGGCCUGGGGGUCAAGAACGGUCACCUGGAGUGUGUGCGGUGGAUGGUGAGUGAGACGGAGGCCAUCGCUGAGCUGAGCUGCACCCGAGAACAUCCCAGCCUGAUCCACUAUGCAGCACGAUAUGGUCAGGAGAAGGUCCUGCUGUGGCUGCUUCAGUUCAUGCAGGAACAGGCCAUCUCUCUGGAUGAAGUCGAUCAGAACGGGAACACGGCCGUCCAUGUAGCAGCUCAGUACGGACACCUCACCUGCAUACAGACUCUGGUGGAGUACGGCUCCAACGUGACGGUCCAGAACCAGCAGGGUGAGCGGCCCUCCCAGAGUGCCGAGCGGCAGGGCCACACCACGUGUGCUCGGUACCUGGUGGUGGUGGAAACGUGCAUGUCGCUGGCCUCACAGGUGGUCAAACUCACCAAGCAGCUCAAUGAGCAGGCAGCAGACAGGGUCAGCUUACAGAAGCAACUCCAGAGACUGAUGGACCCCAACAAGGGAGAGGGGACGCCAUCCAGAUCUCCCAGCUCCCAUCAACCCUCAGUGGAGGCGUGGCCAGAGAUGAUGCUGACAGCAGAGGGGACUCCUGGCGACGCUCACUGGUCAGUCCGUCAGGGAGGGGUGGGGCCCGACUCUGUGCUGCGCCAGCUGCUGGGGAAGGAUGUGCCGGACUCCCUGUGUCCCAGAGAGAGGCUGCCCCCCCCUGCCGGCCUUGGCAGAGAAGGCCCGGGGCCCGCCGGGGGCCGCAGGCUAGGACUGGUGGAGAGGCGGGAGCUGAAACUGGCCCGGCUGAAGCAGAUCAUGCAGCGCUCCCUGAGCGAGUCGGACUCUGACGGGUAUCCACCCGAGGAGGGCAAGAACCAGGGCGGGGCGCACCCGAACCAGGGCGGAGCGCACCCAGGCACGCAAAGGCCUGAUAGGCCCACCCACCUGCCAAUCACAGAAGAGGAGCCCACGCCAGACUCCCUCCACCUCAUGAUGAAGAAGCAGCUCUCCGCCCCCUCCUCGUCAGCAGAGAGGAGGCUGGCCUUCUCUCUGACGGGAUCCAAGUCAGCAGACAGUAUCGGCGUCAACCCCUCCCCCACCUCCAGCGACCCCGAAGCCGCUGACGGGAAAACUGUGGACACAUUCAACGACACGCAAGACGGGCAGAAAGUCGCAACCAGCCCCAAGAGCGCCUUAAAGUCGCCCUCGUCCCGCAGGAAAACCUCCCAGAACCUCAAGCUGAGGGUCACCUUCGACGAGCAGGUCCACAAGAGCUCCAAUCAGGAAGCAGAGCCUCCCAAAGCCCCCCAGGGGCGGGGCGGCGCCUCAGCAGGGGGCUCUGAAAGCAAGCGGCCGUUCGGGGCGUUCCGCUCCAUCAUGGAGACGCUGAGUGGCAACUCCAACCACAACAACAACACUCAGCCAGGCUCCACCCACAAACCUCCCCCCAGCCAUGGCUCCCCCAGCAGGAAGUCAGAGAGCAAGAGCAGCCCGGGGGGCGGAGCCAAGAGCAAGAGCAAAAGCAGUAACGUUUGAGGAGGCAGAGAUCCGAAUCCCCUCACUACUUAGUGCACUAAACAGGACGUCUGCCAUUUUUUAUGUUGGUGUCUGAAUCACCAUUCUAGAAUCCAGUGUCCUGAAAAUUUCUCAGAGGUCUCUGCGAAAAACCAGUUUGCAUUGAUUCACUAAACCGGCCAACUGUCAUUUGAAAAAAAUAUAUGUAAAUUCAUUUAGUAUUCAUCCAAGUUUCCAUCAUCAGAACACAGUAGAUUCAUAAAUAGUCUUUAGAAAACGGUCGUAUUUAUUAUGUUUAACUUCAGAAAAUGGGUGACAUCAAUGAGAUAUAUCACUAGAGAUGACGUGCAGGCCUUUUACUGUUUUCCAAGAUACAUAUAGAGCGAUGCCAUAUUGAAAUGUUAUAAAAAACAAUGAGACAUGGCUUAGUAGACAUAGUAAAAUGACCAUAAAAAAUCUUAAUUUCAGAAAAAAAAAGCUGAGGUCAUGGAAUUAAUGUUUUUAAGUCGAACAAAUAAACAAGAUUUCAAACUUUUCUCUAAAUAAAUAUCAUUAUAUAGGAAACUCAAUGCAAACCUGAUGCAUGAUUGGGAUUUCAUUCAAAUCCACACACAGAUUAAGGUUUACACAUUACCGCGGACUGCUAGCGCCUGUUGUAUAUGAGAAAACUCAGAACAGGACAGCCUGGUCAACAGUCACGACAGUCCAGGGGGUCUGAUCUGAGGUCAAACACACAUACAAAUACCACCAUCAUCCUCCAUAAACUAAAAGAUCUGUGAUCCUGCCAGAAAACAUGGAAAUAGUGCGAAGUCUAAAGCUGUCAUUGACUUUGAAUAGACUACAAGAUCAGCCUAAACGUUCAUUAUUGAGAGUAAACUCACUCAGAUCUUGUUCAGAUGUUUUCUAGAAGUUCUCCUUUAUCAGCUGACAGUAAUAAUUUACUAGUAAAAAGUCACAUUCUAGUUUUUCUAGAUCUGUUUGUACAAUUGUAACAGCAGUAAACAGACAUCUACACCAUUCCAAUAUGGAGAACAACUUUGUGUACGCAACAAGCUAGCAUGUCAUCUCUAGAGAUAUAACUCAUUGGUUGACGUCACAUUUUGGUUUAAAAAAAAAAAAGUAGUUAGCUUGAGUCGACUAAAGGAACAAACACCUGUUAGACCUGGCGGUUAUCGGAGACCGGUCCGUCCGUGAGAGACCACCACUACUGGAAGAUAUACAGUAGUGGGGAAUUCAGACGCAUCCAGAGAGCUCAUCACCAGCAACUUAGGAGGAGUGAUGCAGGGGAGGGGGGGGUGUCAGUGAUCCUCUUAGCUGAUUCUACUGCAUCUGACCGAUGACUGUACGUGAGAACUGGACAGAGCGAGUGUGAUAUCAUCCAUAGAAAAUGACUCACAACCAAAUGAAAUCAAUCCAGUGAUGGAGCCAGAAGUCGUCAGUACUAUCUCAAAUGUGCUGAGUCAGCCUUUCUUUACAAUAAACAGCUCUAAAGGAAAAUCCGUUUUCUUUCUCACAAAGGUUUUUGUGUUUUCUGCCUCAAAACAAAAAAAUAAAUGAGGUUUGCAGGAUGACGGAUCUUUGGGCAAAUUUUUUUAUUCAAUUUGAAUUUUUCACUUUAUGUUUCUUCUACAGAAAGAAAGUAUUAUUGUUCUUUUUUACUUGUAUUUAUGUUUCUGCACACAAUAAUCCAUGAUAACGUGCACAGUGUUAACAUGUAACAGCACAAUAGAAAACCACUGUUAUAUAUGUACAGUAUGUGUAUGUAUGUAUAUGUAUGCAUGUGUGUGGAUAUCUACACAUAUAUAUAUAUAUAUGUAUAUAUGUGAGUGUGUGUGUGUGUGUGUGUUUGUAUUUAAGUUUUUCUCUGCUUCCUAUCUGGACUUUAAGGAUCUAUGCAGUAUUUUGCAUGAAGUAGACGGUAGCUGUGUGAUUUUGAGACGGGGGGGUUCAACCAUGCACCUUCUACCAAGUAUGGAUUGAUGAUGGUGAUGAUGAAGGCUGGUUUCAGUCAGAAACGUUUCGGUUGAAGUUUUUCACAUCACUGAACUGUGGAGACAGUUUCUGUAAAACUCAUGAAUAAAGUGAACAGCUCUGAACUAUUUUUAUGGAGCUGACUUUGAUCUGACAUGUUUACAAUAAACAUUUGAUGUUUUGAAAGAAAAA